AUGAGCAAGCCAGAGUCGCCCGCCAGCCAUGAAGCAGGCCAGAAGUCGCCCGCCAGCAUGAGACAGCCAGAGUCGCCCGCGCAGCCAGGAUCGUUCACUCAUGAAACGCUGGGCCAUGGCAUGGUCAGUAGCAUCCUGGAGUGGAACAGCCUAAAGAUUGGUGUCAUGGGCCUGGUAGAGGAGGACUGGCUGGAUACCCUGGGCACUGUGGACAAGAACAACAUCCACUACACAGACUAUGUGGAGACAGCUGAUCGCCUUUCUGCUGAGCUGAGGGACAAAGGGGCUGACCUGGUCAUCGCAGUCACACACAUGAGGUGGCGUAAUGACAUCAGGCUAGCAUCCGAGUCCAACGGUGUGGAUCUCAUCCUGGGAGGACAUGACCAUGAGUAUGGGGUUCUGGAGGUCAAUGGGAUUCUGAUCGUAAAGAGUGGCUCAGAGUUCAGGUACCUGUCAAAGAUUGACGUUGUGAAGGACCAGGAUGGAACGUUCAAGUACACCUGUGAAAAGAGAGCUACAAUGAGAGACCUUGAGGAAGAUGCGGAAAUCAAACAGAUUGUGAAAGGAUACACUGACAAUAUGCAGCAUAUGCUUGGAGAGGUCCUGUGCCACACAGACGUGACCUUGGAUGGACGCUGCGCCACCGUGAGACGAGCAGAGUGCAACCUGGGUAAUCUGAUCACCAACGCCAUGCUGGAGGCCACUCAUGCUGAGGCGGCGAUUUUAAACUCAGGUACUCUGCGUUCUGACCGCUUGCACCCGGCGGGUCCCCUGACCAUGCAUGACCUGCUGCAGAUCCUGCCACUAAAGGACCCCGUGCUGGUGGUGGAGGCUACGGGGCAGCAGCUCUACGAAGGCCUGGAGAACGGGGUCAGCAUCUACCCUGAUUUAGAUGGAAGAUUUCCCCAGGUUUCAGGGAUCCAGUUUGGCUUUGAUCCCAAUGGAAAACCUGGCCACAGAGUCAUCGCUAAGACAGUGAAGGUUCAAGGCAAGAGUCUAGAUAGAGACAGAAAGUAUGCGGUGGCCAUGAAAGAAUUCUUAACUAAGGGCAAAGAUGGCUACACUAUGUUCAGUAGCUGUCCUCAUAGGCACGACAUAGAGAAUGCUCAGAUCCUGUCGACCAUCCUCAUCAACCACUUUGAGUCUGGCCAGAUCGUCAGAGGCACGAAGAGGUGCAUGUCUGGCCACAGGAUGGGCCUCAUCAAGCAGCAAACACUAUUACAGUUUAUCUCUAGCUAUUUGAAGCUAAAGGAGAACCCCAUCGUGUUUGUGAGAGUAGAGCUAAAUGGAGAACCCAUCGUGUUUGUGAGAGUAGAGCUAAACGGAGAACCCAUCGUGUUUGUGAGAGUAGAGCUAAACGGAGAACCCCAUCGUGUUUGUGAGAACUCUUCACCCUGUUCUUCUCUCCUAUCCAUCGCUGCUGGAGCAGGGGACAAGCCCAACGGUCCCCCCGCCAAGUUCCCUUUCCUCCAUUGA